GUGAGCUCUUCUGGUGCCUCUGACACAGCUGUUGGGGGCACUCAGCAAACAGUGCGCAGUUUUUGGAGCUGCUCUGAGGCAUCCCAAUGUCUGUGGGUGGCCCAUUAGGGCGGCCAGCCCUGCUCUCUCUGCUUCUGAUGGUGGCAACAUCUGUUUCCUGCUCAACCAUGUCCAUAGAUGAAGCACGAACCCAGCUAUUGAUGCGAGAGAGGAUGAUGCAGCUGGGGGGGCAGUUGGUGCUGACCCAACAGGAAGAGCUGGCCAACGAGAGGCUCAUGGCCCUCAAGAAGGCUGAGGUGGCACAGGCCAUGAAGACCCACCAGUUCCCCCCAAGCAUGCACUUUUUCCAGGCCAAGAAUCUCAUUGAGAAAAGUGAGGUGUUUAACAUACUGAAGAAGAUGCCAAAAGGGGCUGCCUUACACAUCCAUGACUUCAGCAUCCUGAGCAUGAACUGGCUGGUGAAAAAUGUCACUUACAGGCCCCACUGCCAUUUCUGUAUCACCCCAAGGGGGGCGCUGAAGUUCAAAUUUGCUUAUCCAGCACCCCCAACCCCUACGCCAGCAGAGUGCUCAGAGUGGGUUUUGCUGGAGAAAUAUCGAAAGGAGCUGCAGAAUGUCACUGAGUUUGACAACAGACUGCUGAAGAAUUUCACUCUGAUGACUGAGAACCCUGAGGUGGCUUACCCAAACCAAGCUAUUGUCUGGUCCAAGUUUCAAAGCAUCUUCUUCACAAUUUCUGGCCUUGUCUACUAUGCGCCAGUGUUUAGAGACUAUGUCUUCCAGGCCCUGGAGGAGUUCUACCAGGACAAUGUGCUCUACCUGGAGCUCAGAGCCAUGCUGUUCCCGGUGUAUGAACUGAAUGGGACCGUCCAUAGCCGAGAGUGGUCAGUGAGGACUUAUAGAGAAGUGGCUUAUAUGUUUGCGAAAAAACAUCCUGGGUUCAUUGGAAUCAAACUCAUUUAUACGGAUCACAGAUUUAAAAAUGUGUCCUUCAUCAUGAAAUCCGUGCAAACAGCCAUGGCGCUUCGAACCAUGUUCCCCAGGAUGGUGGCAGGGUUUGACCUGGUGGGGCAUGAAGACACUGGCUACUCCUUGUUUGACUACAAGGAGGCUUUGAUGAUUCCCACCUUGCAUGGUGUUAAACUGCCUUACUUUUUCCAUGCUGGAGAGACAGAUUGGCUGGGUACUUCCAUAGAUAGAAACCUUCUGGAUGCUCUAAUACUGAACUCUACCAGGAUUGGCCAUGGAUUUGCUUUGACCAAACACCCAGCAGUCUGGGCUGACUCCCGGAAGAAGAACAUUCCCAUAGAAGUCUGUCCCAUCUCCAAUCAGGUUCUGAAACUGGUGUCUGACUUGCGAAAUCACCCUGCUGCUGUCCUGAUGGCCACUGGGUAUCCCAUGGUGAUCAGCUCUGAUGACCCAGCUAUUUUUGGUGCCAAAGGCUUAUCCUAUGAUUUCUAUGAGGCCUUCAUGGGCAUUGGGGGAAUGGAGGCUGAUCUGAGGACACUCAAACAGCUGGCCAUGAACUCCAUCAAGUUCAGCACCUUGUUGGAUAUUGAUAAAAAGGCUGCCAUGAAAACCUGGGAGGAGAGAUGGGAUAAGUUUGUAGCCGACCUGGCCAGGUGGCCAAAGUGAGAAGAUAGCCAUUUAUUACCGUAUUCCUCUGCUUCCCUCUGCAAGCUGUUUUCACCUUCGGUCAGUCAGUCUUGAACCCACUCCAGUAUGGUUUCUAUCUCCAUUUCUUUAUCAAAACUGCCUCAUGAAGGUCAUGGCCUCCACAUUGCUUGACUCUCAGAAACACAAACAGUCUACCAAACUCCUCUUUUUGAAAUAUUAUUUUCUCUCAACCUCAGGCCAUCAAUUUUCUUGGUUUCCUCCUUUCUCUCUGGCCAUUCCUUCCAGGGUCCCUUUUCCAGAGGGUCUUCUCUAUCAGAUCUCUGUGUUGGAAUUCUUCAGGGCUCAGUUUUGCUGCUUUUUGCUUUUCUGUUCACAUCUCUGCUUCUCUCCUCUACUUUUCUCUCUAUUCAAUAGUCUUUUUCUAGGUAGUCUCAUCCAUUCCUUUGCUUUUAAAUAUCAUUUAUUUGCUGAUGAUCCCCAGUUUAUUCACUUGGAUGGUUCACAGGAAUCUCAGAAACCUAUGUGCAAUUCUGAACUUUCAAUCUCUUUCCUUUCAAUCUUUUCCUGGUCUUUCUCAUCUUGGUAAAUGGCACUUCCAUCCCAUCCCACCGAGUAGAAUUUCUCAGCAAAAUUCUUGAUACUGCUUUCUUCCCUGUUCCCUACAUCAAAAUGUACCUUGAAUUCUGCACACCUCUCUAUCUGUAUUGCUGUUGGCUGAGUUCAAGCCGCUAUCACUUCUUUGUCUAAGUUAUAAUAGCCUCUUAGUUGAUCUCUCCUUUCUUCUCUUUGCCUACUUCAUUACAUUUUUCACAGAGCAAUGACUUUUUAAAAAUUAAUUCAUUUUACUCCAUUGUUUACUACUCAAUGCACUUAGAAAAGCUCAAAUGUUUCAACAGGGCAUAUAGCAUCCUCUGUAACCUGGAUUCCUUCCAGCAGCAUCCCACCCUAGGCUCCCCUAGAGCACCAGAUUCUGGCCACAUUGGUCCUUUGUCCCUCAAAUAUCUCAAACUCUAUGCUGCAUCAGAGUCUUUUCUCAUUCUCAUUGCCUGGGAGCGUCUGUCUUUCCACUUUUGUCUAACUGACUCCUGUUCACCCUUCAGGCUUCACUUUUAAUGUCCCUGUGUCAGAAAAGUUUCCUAGACCCCUAACCUGUUAAUAUCUCUCAUGGCACCUUGCUUUUUUUCUUCAAGGAAGGAAAUACCAUAAUAAUAUGGUAUUAUAUUACCAUAAUUUGUAAUUACGUAUUUAUUUCUGUGUUUAUAGUCUUCACUUCCACCAGACUGUAAGCUCCCUGUGGGCAAGUACUGAUGAUUGUGAACCCAGAGCCUUGCUCCAUGCCCCAAACCUAGUCAGUACUCAAUAAAGGAUAUGUUGAACGAAUGG